AUGAUUAAUAUUCUAUCUACUUGGACUUUACUUGGAUUUAUAGCCGUAAAUAUUUUGUUUCUUGAUCGUGUCAAUUGUAUUGUCAAUUGGGACGGAAAUGAAUGGGCCAUGUCAUGCGAUUUCUAUGGAAAUGAUCUGUCUAGCGCUCAAACUUCAGGGGAACGUUGCAGUAAGAAAUGUGCUCAAACUCAAGGAUGUACUCAUUUUACAUGGACUCAAUACAAUGGUGGUACGUGUUGGAUGAAAUCGGGUGUAGUUUCUAAAAAUGAUGCUAUCUCAACCAAUGAUAUAACUAGGGUCUGUGGUGUAAUUUAUGAUGGCCAUGGUGUCGUCAAUUGGAACGGAAAUGCUUGGGCCAUGUCGUGUGAUUUCUAUGGAAAUGAUCUGUCUAGCGCCCAAACUUCAGGGAAACAUUGCAGUAAGAAAUGUACUCAAACUCAAGGAUGUACUCAUUUUACAUGGACUCAAUACAAUGGUGGUACUUGUUGGAUGAAAUCGGGUGCUGUUUCCAAAAGUGAUGCCUACGCCACGAUUGAUCCAACUAUGGUCUGUGGUGUACUAGGUAAGAGAUACUAUUUUGAUGAUGAUUAA